AUGGAUAAAGAUAAUGUAAAGACUUAUAUUGAAAAAGAUCAACAAAAUUUAGAAAAAGAAAUUUCAAAUUUGAGAGAAUCGGUUAAACGAAAAAUAGUUGAAUUAGAAAAGUUGGAAACAGGUGAAAAUAAAAAGAUGAAAGGAUUUGAUUUGAAAGGAAUUACUUCAGAAGAUUUAUAUAAUAUUACUACUGAUCAAAAGUAA